UUAAUUUGUAAAAUCAUAACGUAAUUUGACGUUUAAUUGGCUUUUAAAAAUAGGAUGUUGAUUGGUCUCAUCCCCAUGUAAGUUGCUCCGAGUCCCCUCGGGGAGAUUUUGGCAGGAUACAAAAAUAAAGUUAUUAUUAUUUUUCCUUAAUCCCUCCUUAUUAUCCAACAUUUUUGCUUAUCCAACAUCCUGCCGGCCCGUUUAUGUUGGACAAGCGAGACUCUAGUGUAUAAAAGUUGGCCAAACAUUGCAAUUGGGGGGCAUCCUGGUGUUUGGAGGUGCCUUUGUCCCCCGCUUUCAGAAAUGGCAUUGUGUUACCCAUUGUGGCCGUGUCAGGUUUCAUUAUAUGCCAGGAGGACAAUGCACUGAUCCCAGAAGAAGGCAGGAAAAAAACACACUCAGAGAGAGAGAAAGGAGGAGGAGAAUCUAGGAAACUGUUGUUGAUGGAAGAGUGGGUUGGAUGCUUGGCUUUCUCAGGGCGAAGGCUACUCUAGGUUUGGAGGGGGCCAAACGGUGCCAGGGCGAGAAAGGGGCCAAAGCCCUGUCCUCCCUCUUGGACAGCCAGCCACCCCUUUCUCUCCUCCCUCCGCCUCGCAACAGCUUGUUGCUGUGUGUGGAGGAGGGAGGAGGCAGCCCAGAGGCAAAGGAAGGGAGGAGUUUCGCCCCGGCAGGCGGCUGUUUUCUCUCUCUCUUGCUUUCUCUCGCCCCCCUUUUUUCCUCCUGGAGCCAGAAACGUCACCGCCGCCGUGUAACUGUAACACAAGAAGUGAAAGAGGGCCGAGGGAAAGAGGCAAAGCUCAACUUCUAACCCUGAACAAAGGCAGGAUCCCGGAUUUGUCCAGGCGACUCUCCCAAAUCAAGUGGGGGGAAAAGCCUGCCGACUGAGAAAAGGCUGGAACAGGAGGAGAAACCAACCUCUGGGCUUUUUUGGGGGGAUCUCAGAAGGUUCCAUUUUCUACUCACUCAAAAGCAGCAGUGAAUGCUUCCAGUGGAGGUAAAACCCAGAAAAAAGAAUGAAGACGUAAAGUCUCAAUCACCAGAAAUUGCUAAUUUCCUCAUCCCAAUAGACUUAUUUUGAACUUUUUGACUGAUGUGGCUAUAGUACAAAUGGACUGUACUACAAGUGCUAACAUGGAACUGCGAAGACCCUCCAGUCCUCACAAAAUGCAUAAUAACGACAUAGAUGCAGAUGAGGGUGUCUUGCACAGUUGUUGCAUCUGUGGCAAAAGUUUUCCUUUCCAAAGCUCCCUCUCACAGCACAUGAGGAAGCACACAGGGGAGAAGCCUUACAAGUGCCCUUAUUGUGACCACCGAGCUUCCCAGAAGGGCAACUUGAAGAUCCACAUUCGGAGUCACAGAACUGGCACCAUCAGCCAGGAGAAUGAAGUGGAGAUGGGCGGGGAGGCACAGCUUAGUGAGACCACAGUUUCUGAAGGCCUUGAUGGUUGUACCAGCCCAACCAAAAGCACUUCUGCCUGCAACAAGAUAUUGAAUGGAGCUACACCCAUAGAAGAUGGCAAGAUCUUGCUCAGAAGUAGCAAGAAAGAAACAGGGGCAGAGGCACAGGUUGGGGAGGAGGGUAAGUUAUGUAUUUUCCAGUGCACCUUUUGCAAAAACAAAUUUGAAGGGAAAAAAGAAUUGGAGCAGCACAUUCAUGAGGUUCACAAGCCUUUCAAAUGUAGGCUGUGCAACUACAUGACCCUAAGACAGGAGACGCUGUUAAACCACAUAGAGCGGGACCACAUUACCACUCAAAUUCCCAAUGGGAAAGUGCACGCUGAGAAUGGCAAGAGUGAGUCAAGUGCGGGAGAGUUUCCUUGUGAGGUCUGUGGACAGGCCUUCAGUCAAACAUGGUUUCUCAAGGCUCACAUGAAGAAACACCGGGGAUCAUUUGACCAUGGGUGCCAUAUUUGCGGCAGGAAAUUUAAAGAGCCUUGGUUCCUCAAAAACCACAUGAAAUCCCAUGGCCCCAAAUCUGGGAGUAAAAACAAGCCAAAAAAUGAACUAGAGCCUAUGGCUACAAUUAAUGAUGUCAUUCAAGAAGAGAUGAUUGUGGCUGGUUUGUCCCUGUAUGAAGUGUGUACCAAGUGUGGAAAUCUGUUUACAAACAUGGAAAGCCUAAAAGCACAUAAUUCUGUACAUUGUAGAUCUCAAGGAGCCCAUGGUGAUCCUAGAGCUGAGAAGCUAGUGGAUGGAGACCUUGAUCCAUGUAUAGCAAAGCAGUUUUUCCUCCAGUAUUUGAACUUGAGGCCAUCUGUAGGAGUAGAUGGCAUUCCAAGGCCCCAGUCAGGGAAGAGGGUAGCUGAACUUGAUCCUGUUAAUAGUUACCAGGCUUGGCACCUGGCUACCAAAGGAAAAGUUGCAGAGCCUUCUGAGUACAUGAAAUAUUUUGGAUGGGAUGAAAUCCUGGCUGACGCAGAUGUCACUUAUGACCGAGACAGAAGAGAAUAUAUACUAGUCAGCCAAGAGAAGCGCAAGCAAGAGCAGGACUCAUCCAGCUCUUCGAGUAAUCCGAAAAAGAAGAGCUGUGCCAGUGGACGUUCAGAGAAAAGCAAUAGUAUGCAGUCAGGGGACAGCUAUAUCCUUGGCCAAGAUGAUUUAGAAUACAGACCUUCUUCACGGCAGAGCAGAAGGGCAUCACAGAACAAGUCCACUGAGUGCUUUGAAUGUGGGAAGAUUUUCCGCACCUAUCACCAAAUGGUGCUUCAUUCCCGUGUGCACAGGAAAGACCGCAGAAGCUGCACUGAAGGUGGGACAGCAGCUCAGCAGGAUCGAUAUGGCUCAAACAGCGAGGAUGGUGAUUCAGGAUCUGUCAGUGGGCCAAGCACACCAAGUUCUGCUUCAGCACCCGAAGAUUCAGUCGCUUCUGGAGUAGGGGAGGAGGGGCCUGAAUACAGUUCAGAGGAACAUGAGCCAUCACCAUGUAAAAAGCCAUAUCUAUGCACCUUUUCUGAAGAAACUGUGCCUGAGGAAACUCUACAGUUCAAACAUGGAAGAAGAGAAAAAAAUGCUAGUGAAUCUAAACUGGAGAUGCCAACAGUAUCCUCUACACCAGAAAGCAAGAUCAAAGAGUCAAUUCCAAAAUAUGUGGACAACAAAUAUCCUCUGGGUUCAAAGAGGCCGAUAUUUCAACAAAGCUGUGAUUCCCCUUGCUCCAGUAAGAUGGUUAAAUUUCCUUCUAGCCAGAUAUGUUCUGAUGUGAGAUUGAAUUUGCAAACCUCUCUGGAGAUUCAGAAUAAGCACUCUAAAGAAAAUUCUCCUGAUAAGAAUGAGCACUCUACUCUCAAUAAAGAUAGUGAUGUACCAGAGGAGGCUCCAUUAGAUCUCAGUGAGAAGUCAACUAGAGCUGAUUCAUGCAAUACGAAUGUUACCUCAACUCUGCAGGCUGCUUUGAUCAUCCACCCGUGUCCUUACUGCAGUUACAAGACCUAUUACCCAGAAGUUCUCUGGAUGCACAAAAGAAUUUGGCACAAGGUCAGUUGUAACUCCAUUGCCCCUCCCUGGGUUCUUCAAAAUGGAUUCAAAAGUAUAAAAAACAACUGCAUUUUUAUGACAAGAAGUGGGCGCACUGGACCCCCACCUGUUCUUGGUGGUAAAGAUUGCCAGCCUUUACCUAUAGCCAGAUUUGCACGUACUCAGGUGCCGAGUGGAAUAUUAGGAUCCAAGAGCAAUUCCCCGGGUCUUGGUGUAACUGCUAAGCAUGGGGGUAUGUCUAAAGAUGUACAGUCUACUGGUAGCUAUGGCCCACGGUCUUCAGGAACUGAAGGUUACAGGCAUUCCAAGCUCAACCACACUCAUGAACAGUAUAGCACUGUAGUUCAACAGCCUCAGUUAAAAGCAAAAUAUGAAGUGAAUCCCAAGUUGAUGCAAGCAGGAAGCAUUACUAGAUGUUCCACACCUUCUCAGACAGUUGUAUCUAAAGCCAGUUCACAGCCCUCCAACAGCAAGCAAGCAGAAAAAUAUGCAGUUCCCCAAAUGAGUGCUGGGUAUGCCUCUUUAAGCAAGCAUUGUACCGCAGAAUCAGGGAAAACCAGAAUUUUCUCUUCACUUCAGUUCCACCCUCCGUGUAAACCUGAGCCAUAUGUUCUCCAAGAAGAACUGACAGUGCCUCAGGAAGAACCUAAUACCAAGAGAGAAAAUGAUGUGAGGGUAUUGACAAAUUGUAUGGUGGGAUCGAGAACAAGUCCUCUGACACAACCUCAACCUCAACCUCAGACUAAUGCAGCAGGUCCACCUCCAACUGUACAUUCCACCAAACAGGAGCCACCAUCUGAGGAACAUCAUUUAGAUAUUUUAAACAUCUUUAAGACCUCCAUUCCAAAGGAACUUGCUACCCUCUAUCAAACAUGGGGUGCCAAUAGCCCUGUAGUGGACCAUGCUGGGAUGCUUAGGACACAAACACGCCAAGGAGACUAUCUCUGCAUAGAGUGUGGCAAGGGCUUUACUCAACCUAGCCACCUCAGGACCCACCUGAGGUCUCACACAGGUGAAAGACCAUUCCAAUGCAGAUAUUGUCCAUACAGUGCCUCUCAGAAAGGGAACCUAAAAACACACGUCCAGUGUGUACACCGGGUGCCCUUUGACAACAGCCAGUACCCCGACCGACGGUUCCAACAGCCGCUGAGUAAUUAUUCAAAUGCCCCCAUGAACGAACAGCUGGAAAACUUCCUUUCAAUCCAUCCAUUCCCCGGAGCAACUGUGUUAUAGUGAUGCCUGCACUCUGUGUUUUGCUAGAAGAGUGAUGCCUCUACGCUGUUAAUCAUUUAAAAAUAAAUGAAGACGCUACGUAAGAUAUAUACAAAUUGACGUACUAAUCAGUCCCCGCGGUUUCUUAUUUCUUUUAUAAUAAACAGUGGAGUUGGCAAGCGUUGUGGCGGCACAAAGCAUCUAUAUUAAUCAAGAUAACUUUUUUAGACACUGGAAAAAAAUUAAACUUUAUAUAAUUUGGAGGGCAGCACUGCAACAAAAAUCCUCCCUUGUGGUUGUUUGAUAUGUUUUAUUUUUAUUUAGGAGGAGGGAAACAAACAGUGGAUUUGGGAAUGUGGGAAGGCGUGAUUAAUGAAACUGCCAAUGGCUGUCAUGCCGAGAAAAAAAACCUACAACUCCCUUUUUUAUUUAAAAAAGAAAGGAAGAAUGCAAAAUGGAAGAGUCGUUCAGUGCUGUGAAAGCCAAGCUUGAUGAAGGACAGAAGGGACUAAAGAGAGAAGCCAUCAUUCUGCAGUGAGGUUGUUUCAUGAUAGUUUGGGGACCACUCGCAUUUCCAGUGGGCUUACCCUUGACUGCACACCAUUAAUAGUAUGUGAAUAUGGAAAUCAAAACACUUCUUUAAGAAUGCUUCUUGUCUCAUUUUAGAAAGAAAGGAAGCAGCUAGUCAAACACUAAGAAGAAGACAAAAAAAUUAAAAUAAAUGAAGCUCUCACAGCCCAGGCUUCUAUGGGGCUUUUCUGGGUUUUUGUUUUACUCUCAGGGCCUGUCUGUUUGUUUAUUCUGCCUUUUCUUUCUUUAACAGUGCUAUUUUCUGUGUCCUGAUCACAACGGAAAUGUUCAUGCUUUAAAAAAAGAAAUUUAAAAGGAGGAAACAUCACACCGCCUUGCAAAAAUAUGAGAUUCAGCUGUUUAAAGCUGCUGAUUUAUAUGCUUUGAAUAGAUUUUGUUUAAUUAAAAAUAGUUCAGGCAGACCUGGGUUCUUCUAUGGGACAGUGUGUACCUAUAAUUAUCCUUUUGGGAUCUGGUGACAUAUUUGGGAAAAGGAGAGUACCUUUCUUGGUGGCAGGUCAGUGUUCAUCUAAUGUAUCAUGUUUUGUACUUGGUAAUCACGGGGUGAUCAGGAGAGAAAAGAAGCUUUAUAUACCUCUUCAGUAACUAUUUUUAAAUGCAAGUUUUCAAUGUAGGGUGAGGAUGGCAGGUUGUUCACCAUAGUCUCUGCAGUUUAUUAAAAAACAUAUUCUACAGAUAUAAAUACAGUAGAGUCUCACUAAUCCAAGCUAAACGGGCCGGCAGAAGCUUGGAUAAGCGAAUAUCUUGGAUUAUAAGGACUGAUCAAGGAAAAGCCUAUUAAACAUCAAAUUGGGUUAUGAUUUUACAAAUUAAGCACCAAAACUUCAUGUUAUACAACAAAUUUGACAGAAAAAGUAGUUCAAUACGCAGUAAUGUUAUGUUGUAAUUACUGUAUUUACGAAUUUAGCACCAGAAUAUCACGAUAUAUUGGAAACAUUGACUACAAAAAUGGCUUGGAUUAUCCAGAGGCUUGGAUAAGCGAGGCUUGGAUUAGUGAGACUCUACUGUAUUUCCUUUUCUUUUAUUGCCAUGACACUUUGUGUGGUGGUAAUAAUUCAGAGUUUCAGAUUUUGCACAUAUAAUUUUAUGCAUCAUCAUAAAAGAAAUUGCUGCCUUGAAAAAAUAUUCUGUGAAUUUUUUUUUUGCAAAAAAAAGAGCUUUACUAGUUUUUUUUUAAAAAAAACUAACAUUUUUAUAAAGGCAGGAAAAGGAUUUAAAAAAAAACUAGCAUGCUAAUUAUAUUUUUCCAAAAAAAAGCAAUAAUUUUACAUGUACAGAACAGGUGAUAAUCUUUUAAUACUGAUUGAGAGCAGCCAUUGACUGUCUACUGUAAUGGGUUAGUGCUCUUUUUUGUAGUACACGAGCUUAUUCCACAAAGAUUUUUAAUAUGUCCUUCUCCCAUUCUAAUUUUUGUUUCUGCCUCUGUUUGAGUUGGGGUUCUACUUGUUGCAAAUUAUUUGCUUUGCAGUUGUUGACAAUAAUGCCAUUGUAACAUUCGUAUGUAAUGCACUGGUUUGGGAUUUUGGUUUUGUUCCUCAUAACUCGUGCACCAGCUGUAUGCCAGCUGUAAUCCUGGUGUAGAUAAGAAUGUCUGUGCAAAUGCCUAUCUAAGUGAUUGUAAUCAGCUCUCUUUUGAAGUUAUCGUGCGGAAAUUCACAGAGACACUUUCCUCCUCCUUUCUGUCCUCCAUAUGUCGUUCCAUCCUCAUCCUUACCCCUAUCAUCUCUUCAUCUAAAGAACAAUAGUUAAUUUUGGGAUUCACACUCAAGUGCUACUUUUAUUCCUUUAUCAAGCACUUAUUUUUUUCUUGUUUGAAUUAAAACAGAUGAGGAGCCAGAAAUUCAAAAAGCUAGCCUCUGUGCUGGAUUUGUGUGCUGCCAGUUGUUACAAAAAACCCCCCUGCUCUGCCCCAAAAGUUAUACCAGUUGUCAUCUGCAACUAUAAUUAUGUUUUGUGGGUUGGGUUUGUGUUUUAAAUUGUGUUUUCAGAGUGUGUUGGGUUUUCUAUUUUAUUUUAUCUUUUUUGCAAGCUGAUAGGGAAGGAUCGUAGUUAAUAUUUAGAAGUGAAACGCUCGUGCUGGAGACUGUUUACUUGAGGACUGUCAGACACCGAGAGAAGAAAGUGCUGUCACUGCCAUUACAAGGGUACUAAUCAGCAAAGUUUACAAUCAUAAUUUAGCUACAUGAAGAACAACAGCAGGGGAAAUCAGUUUAAAUAAUUAUAUGCUGUGUAUAGCACAGAAAUGAGAUUUUCACUUAAUUAAACAAGAAACGGGGAGGGAGGGGGGAUCCUUCAUUAAAGACCAGCCAUUUCCACGUGUGAAUCCCAGGGUUUGUAAUUUCCUCCUUUAUCAUCCAUAUUGUAUCGAUUUGUUAAUUCAGUUAGACCCUAGUGCUUAGUAUGAUUUGUGUUUCUUAUUUAUUUAGUUCUUUGCGUUUCAAAUAGCCUUUUUUUAAAAAGGGAAAAAAAGGAAACUUGAUAAUUUUGUAGCAUGACACAUUUUGUAAGCCAUCUUCUGACUGUUACCAAGACUUUCUACUACCUCUAUCGAUCUGUUUCUUUUCCUUAACAGGUUUUCUACAGUGUUGCCGUCUAAUGUACCUUAGACAAUAAAAGGUUUGAUUAUGAGCACUGCA